CACGCGGCCACUUCAGCAACAGCUCCUCAAAAGUUCAAGCUGCUUCGUGAAUGUUUGGGACUCUGAGCAGCUCUGCAGAGGCGUACAGGUCUACAGCAGGACUUUUGAAGGAGCUGAAUGGCCUCUGUUAUAGCAGUGAAAACUGAGAAGCGACCUGCUGCUGACUCUCAAGAUGCAGACUCCAAUGCAAAGAAGCCCAGGAAACUUCUGCCCAGCCUGAAGACCAAGCGCGCCCCUGAGCUGGUACUGGUGAUUGGGACGGGGGUGAGCUCUGCAGUGGCCCCACAGGUCCCAGCUCUGCGCUCCUGGAAGGGCCUCAUCCAGGCUCUGUUGGAUGCAGCCAAUGACUUUGACCUGCUGGAGGAGGAGGAGAGCCGGCGCUUUCAGAAGCACAUGCAGGAGGACAAGAAUCUGGUGCAUGUGGCCCAUGACCUCAUUCAGAAACUUUCUCCAAGAACAGGCAAUGUACGAUCCACGUUCUUCAAAGACUGUCUGUAUGAAGUGUUUGAUGACUUGGAGUGCAAAAUGGAGAAUGCUGGGAAACACCUCCUGCGCUCUGUGCUGCAGCUGAUGGAGAGCGGAGCGCUGGUCCUCACCACAAACUUUGAUAAUCUGCUGGAGAUCUAUGCCGCUCACCAGGGCACCAAGCUGGAGUCUCUGGACCUCACAGAUGAGAAGAAGGUGUUGGAGUGGGCUCAGGAGAAACGAAGAUUGAGUGUUUUACAUAUCCAUGGCGUGUACACCAACCCCAGUGGUAUAGUGCUGCACCCUGCUGGCUACCAGAAUGUACUACGGAACACUGAGGUUAUGAGAGAGAUCCAGAAGUUGUAUGAGACCAAAUCUUUUGUGUUUCUGGGCUGUGGGCGGACAGUGGACGACACUACAUUUCAGGCCCUUUUUUUGGAGGCGGUCAAACACAAGUCGGACCUGGAGCACUUCAUGCUGGUGAGGAGAGAGGAUGUGGGAGAGUUUAAGAAACUACGGGACAACAUGUUGGACAAGGGAAUCAAGGUCAUCUCAUACGGAGAUGAAUACGCCGAUCUGCCAGAGUACUUUGAAAGGCUGGCCAAUGAAAUCUGCAACAGGGAUGUAGCUACCAAUGGCUGCGGUUCUCCUUCACAAAAUGAGGAGGAACUACAGAACGGCAUCACCACACAGAAAAACCUCUUUCAAGACAUCACUCUUGACAGGCAAACUAUUGGAAUCACUGUCAAUCAUUCUCCCCCACAGCUCCAUCCAGUCUAAGCUACUUGGACUAAGAUUCUGGCCACAUUCACACUUGGAAAUCCAGGAACCUUUGACGAUAUGGGCAAAAAAGACAUUCAGAAUUGUGCUUUAUAGGCUUUCAUUUGAAGGGAAAGUGAAAGUGUCAAAAUCAGUGUAUACUUUUGUUUACAGAUAAAAUAUGUUGCAUACAUUUUUGUAGGGCUGUACUCAUUUAAAACAAAUUCUUGGUUCACUAAAGACAUGUUCUGUGCUUUUAAUUAGUAGUUUUAAAGUGGGCAUGUCAUGAGCUCACAAAACUAUUCAGCAUUUCUUUGAUCUGACCCAAAAUGCACUUACAAAACCCAAUAAUAACCCACUGUAUAGUAGAGAAGUACCAGUAAAUUGUGAGUACAUUUACAUGGCCAGUAAAAAUCAGAUAACUACAAUAAUCAGAUAACCCAAACGAAUAAAAAUGUUGCCUGACGAAGACUCCAUUGAUUAACAGAUAAUUGACAAAACGAUUAAAAAAAAAGCCUUAGCCCUCCAUUUUUAAAGACGGUCCGUGACUUGAACUUUUGUGUAUGAAUUUGAACAUGUAUAAACUGAAGUAUUAAGAAGCAGUUUUAUCAAACAUCCUCAGUGUAUGUUGUAUUCAUUCCUUCACUUAACCCUGAAGCAUUAAAGCUGUCCACGCACAGAUUUAGGGGCAGGAAAUAAGCCUUUGUCAAGUCACAAAGAAAGAAUGCUCAUGGGUUUUCAGUAGCAAAUAUUUUUCACUGCUGUUAUAAAACUGUAAUUGAUUUUGUAUUUUGAUAAUAAAAAUUUACAAAUAAAAA